CCUCGAACUGUCAGCCAAUCGCGCGGAUGUGGGGUGGCCUGAACGACGCAGGGGGCAGACGAGCCGGCACAGUGUUGCCUUGACUGGCGGACGCGCUAGAGGCCGUCCCAUCCCACAUAUCCCGUCGUACGAGUGCCCGGGCCCGCCUGCUGCUGCGAGGUCCGGUCGAAGGUGCAGGGCGGGAUGGACACAGAGUCGGCCGGGGGAGCUGUCCGGUAGCUGCACAGGCAGAGCGUUUGAUGACGACGGUGCUGUCACGUACGAACUACGAUCGCCGUCCAGGAAACGGGCCCUCGUAUCGCAAGCAGGUUCUCGAGAUCCUCUCGUCGCUGCCGUCGUACGAUGGCAAAUCACCGCCGCAUCGUCCAAAAAUUGAACCAGCCGGCCGCACAUCGAAAACCCGCCUCCUCCGCGGAUCGAAGGCCCGCCGCGCUCGCCUCCUCGAAGUGGGGCCAAGCGGCCGUGGAUACAGAUGCAGACGACGUCGGCUCGCCCGCGCGCGGCGGACCUGGACCCACAGCACGGGCGUGAUACGCGCGCCCCUCCUGCCGCCAACACGGUACGCGGCGCACACGCACCGUCUCCGUCUGCACGCAUCCUCGUGCGCGUUUCAGGUGGGGCGUGCUCCGUGUGCGUUAUUGGCCCUGUACGCCUGCGUCCGUUUCCGCGCGACGAGAUGGCGAGAUGCGC